UUCUCUUCCUCUUGCUACAGGGAGUUCUUGUUCCAGUUGUAGAACUACUCGUCGAUUCAAGCAGCUCGUAGGGGCCUCGAAAGGCUGAGGAACGAGAGGAGAAGGAGACGAAAGAACGAACUGACAAAGUGCACUGAGGCCAGUGUUGGUGGUGGUGGUGUGCGCUAUUGGACUGUUGGUGGCCUCUAUUUCUCUCUUUCUCUUUCCCUCUCCUGAGAGUUUCAUGCAUUGCAAGUGGAAAGAAGAGCCAAAAGACAAAAGGGAGAAGUGCUAAAUUGGUGAACGAAAGGCUUCAAUGUUCCCAAUCUCCCUCAUUUUCAUAUAGGUGCUUGCUUCGGAUGUAGUAAGGGCCCAGCUACCAUCCACACUUGGCUUCUGGAGGUCGUUCAAGCCACCGCUUACAUUGUCAAAGCCGAGGACCAAGCUGAUUUGCAUUCUCCACUUGCGUCAGGAAGCGAUCUCCGUCGAAAAUGAUGAUCACCCAUCCAAACAAUUAGACAGUGGACCCUUAAUUAAGUACCAGUGUCGGCUUGUCCGCAAGUCUCCGGAAAAGAAGAAAAACCAAUGGCAAGUGCUCGUUUCUGAUGACUCUGUAAAACAACAAAACGGAGAAGAAUUUUGAUACUUCAGCCUCUCCGGGAUCGUGCCAUUGAGUCCAGAUUCAUUUGAUUGUUUUCACAAAGUGCAAAAUUUUUAGCCUCACCCAAGUCAACAAGGCAGGCUUGAGGAAUACGAGUGUGAGUAAACAAAGCAAAAUCCGAAAUUGGGGGGGGGGAGGUCUAACGGGUGAGACCCGCGUGGAGUAUUGAAUUCGCAUUAUACUCGAAACCAGAAAUCUCUCGCGAUUUCAAACGAGGGAUUGUUCAAUCCCCGUCCAGACCAGCUGGUGUCCGGAACGGUCAUCCAGGAUCAUCCUUGUGAAGUGAGAUCGGUGGGAGGAUAUUACGGAAGGAAGUGAGUGGUCUGAUAUCCGUUUGUGAUCUCGUGUGUUCCUCCUCCCACUGUGUGAGAAUAAUGGCAAAACUUUUGGCUCUUGGAAACAAAAACUUGGUUCUGCUUGGCAGUCAUAAUUGAACAAUAGAAAGGUAAGAAGGGAUGGUCGUUUGUUCGUUUGCUCACUUACUCAUUCGAACUGUUGCUUCAACAUCGAUCGACACCUUGAGCGAUCCCAAUUUCCCUGCCCUUGUUUGGAACUCGCCUCAACUGAUCCAUGAAAUCAAGAGCUUUCUAUAUUCCGUUGAAGGUCAAGUCAAUAACUCCGAUGAAACUCACAUCUUACUCAGGCAAGAUGGCGUGGAUCUAUUCACCACAGGGUUUGAGAUCCUGUGAGUAGAGGAGUUUCCAACACCGCAACAUCCCUUAUGACGUCACCUGUUCCCGAGAUUUUAGCCCUCCUCCAAGAUGUCCGACAGUGAAGAGAUCCUCUUUGAUGACAUUUAUGAGCUCCAUGAAGUCAUAGGAAAGGGGCCGUUCUCCUUGGUCCGAAGAUGUCUCCAUCGUCAAACUGGCGAAGAAUUUGCCGUCAAAAUUGUGGAUGUCGGCAAAUUCACGGCUUCACCCGGCCUCAGCCUGGAUGACCUCAAGCGAGAGGCCACGAUCUGUCACAUGCUCAAGCACCCUCACAUCGUGGAGCUGCUCGAAACUUAUAGUUCUGAAGGGAUGCUCUACAUGGUGUUCGAGUUCAUGGCGGGAGCCGAUCUCUGCUUCGAGAUUGUCAAGCGUGCUUUGGCUGGAUUCGUUUACUCGGAGGCCGUUUGUAGUCAUUAUAUCCGUCAGAUUCUGCUGGCUCUUCAAUACUGCCACGAUAACGAUAUCAUUCAUCGCGACAUCAAGCCACAUUGUGUUCUUUUGGCGAGCAAGGAGAACUCUGCCCCGGUGAAACUUGGUGGGUUUGGCGUGGCCAUUCAACUACCGAGCAAGGCUGACCACAGUAAUCAAAGUGUCAAUGGGGGACGGAUUGGGACCCCUCAUUUUAUGGCCCCCGAAGUGAUCCAACGGAAACCUUACGGGAAGCCAGUGGACGUGUGGUCAGCUGGGAUCCUCCUACACAUCCUCCUGUCUGGCACGAUUCCAUUCUUAGGCACCAAAGACCGGCUCUAUGAGAGCGUUUGUACGGGUAAACUAUAUUUGCACACCUCUCGGUGGCAAUAUAUCAGUGAUCAAGCCAAGGACCUCAUCCGUCAAAUGUUGACCGUGGACCCUGAGGAGCGAAUCACGGUCGACGAGGCCCUUAAUCACCCUUGGAUUCGGGACCGGGAACGCUUUGUGCCAAAAAUGCACCUCCAUGAGACAGUGGACGAGCUGCGGAAGUUUAAUUCCAGACGGAAAUUGAAGGGAGCCGUCCUGGCGGCUGUGAGCUCGCCCAAGUGGUCCCAAUUCUGCGACGAAUACCACCAGCAACUGGGUCUUAACAGUGGUAGUGGUGGGGGUGCCAAUGGCAAUGGUGCCCUCCCUUCCUCGGGAGGGUCAGCCUCGUCGGCGUCGGAUUUCGGAGGCGACGACGAAGUGACAGCAGCGGCGGUGGGCCUCAUUCUAGAUUCAUUGGAUGAUAUCCAUUGUCUAUUGGAGGCCCGAAACAAGGACCCAGACUUUUUGUUCUCUGUGUUAGGAGACAUUCAGCUCCAUCAAUUGCUCAGCCUCUACGACCAGAUCAACACGAACUCGUAUCGACCGUUCCGUUUCCCUCCCUCGGAUGCUUGUGUAAAGCUCAAGGAGACUUUGGCAACUCUCAAAGUGUUGGAAGUCUCGGAAGAUCUAGCCGAUAUCGAGGAAUUAAGGGAGAUUCUUUUUCAUCACCACAUCAAGGCACUUCUUCAGAGUCACGAUGUGGUAGCUCAAGAGGUAUACGGUGAAGAUGCUAUUAGAGUGACACCACCACCAUCCAUGAUCCCUGCGCUCCAAGUUCAACACGAUGUGGUCGAAGGUCCCAAUGGUGAGGUCCCCGAGAUGGAUAAUGUGACUCGAGUUCGCCUCGUCCAAUUCCAAAGGAAUACUGAUGAACCAAUGGGGAUAACCUUGAAGCUCAACCAGGACGGCAAGUGCAUCGUGGGGCGAAUCAUGCAUGGCGGGAUGAUCCAUCGGCAGGCCACUCUUCACGUGGGCGACGAGAUACGUGAGAUCAAUGGAGUGUCUGUAUCCAAUCAGAGCAUUGAGGCUCUUCAAAAGCUCCUGAGAGAAGCCCGAGGAUCGGUGACAUUCAAAAUUGUGCCCUCGUACCGGUCAGCCCCGCCACCCUGUGAUAUAUUUGUGAGGGCUCAAUUUGACUACGACCCCAUGGAGGACGACCUGAUUCCGUGCGCUCAGGCAGGGAUUCCAUUUCAAACGGGCGAUGUCCUGCAGAUCAUCAGCAAAGAUGACCACAACUGGUGGCAGGCUAGGAAAGUGGCUGCAGCCGGCUCUGCAGGACUCAUACCUUCCCACGAACUUCAGGAAUGGCGCACAGCCUGUCAGGCCAUGGAGAAAAGCAAGAAUGAUCCAGUGAAUUGCUCGAUUUUCGGCAAAAAUCUCAAGAAGAAACGAUAUUCCAAAGACAAGUAUCUUGCCAAAUACAACGCUGUGUUUGACCAACUUGACCUGGUCACAUACGAAGAAGUCGUCAAGUUGCCGGCAUACAAACGCAAGACCCUGGUUCUCCUUGGGGCCCACGGUGUGGGUCGAAGGCACAUCAAGAACAGUCUGAUUUCGAGUCAUCCCGACAAAUAUGCGUAUCCCAUUGCCCAUACCACCCGUUCAGCUCGCCGAGAUGAGGAGAAUGGGAAGAAUUACCUCUUUGUCUCUCAAGAUGAGAUGAUGUCUGAUAUUGUUGCCAACGAGUACCUGGAGUACGGAACUCACGACGAUUCCAUGUAUGGAAUCAAACUCGACACGAUUCGGCGUAUUCAAUCCGAGGGGAAAAUGACAAUUCUUGACGUGGAACCUCAAGCCCUCAAGAUAUUACGAUGUGCCGAAUAUGCUCCCUAUGUCGUGUUCAUAGCUGCUCCUUGCCUGCAGACCAUGCAGGACCUGGAUGGGAGCCUGGAGAAACUUGCCCGCGAGUCAGAUGCUCUGAAGCAGGCUUAUGGACACUUCUUUGACCUCACGAUUGUGAACAACGAUAUUGACGAGACCAUCCGGAUCCUAGAGCGGGCUCUGGAAAAAAUCAACACCACUCCACAAUGGGUACCCAUAAGCUGGGUGUACUGACGCCAAGCCGGUCAGCCGGACCUAUCUCGGCCGACCGGCAACGGACAUAGCCGCCCCAUGGGAGGCAUCGGGAGCGGUUCGAACGGUAGCUCGAAAGCAUCAUGCCAACAAAACCUACAUCAGCGGGAGUCCCAGCAACGAGGGGUCCCUCAGAUCCAUCAGAACCACGUUCCAUCUCAAGGGAUGAGUCGACGGAACUUCAACUCUUGGCAACCACCCUAUCAAUCCUCCGACAUGGGAAGCCAGGACGAUGGGUCCACCACGCCACCAUAUGGUCCUACGUAUUGCUAGAACUAUUCCAGAUACCAUCCACACGUACCAAUGCGGCAUGGGUUCGAACUAAUGAGGAAGCUCAAAAUGGGAUGAUUAGUCAACAACUACGAGGCUCGACUGCCUCCGAUGCCAUUGAGGACCGAUCUACCAAAAGCUAGGGGGAGGGACACGGGAAAUCAUUGAUGGCAAAGGAGGAGAUGAAGCAUUUGGAACAUGGUGUCUUUGUCUUACGUGUGCCUUGCUGGUACCUCUCAAGAAGGACGAGGGAUCGUCCUUGCUACGUUCGUGGCCAAGGACUGAGAUUUGCUCAAAUUUCUUUGGUUCGACCUCCGACAAGUUUUGUGAUACGCCUUUUAAUGUUGCGAUAAAGAUGAUGAGCAAGAACAAGAACCGGACUCAGUGCAUGGUGUUAUAUAGAAUUGCUGCUCUUUGAUCUUCAAACAUACUUCUUUUUUAACUAACAGCAAAUACUCAUUCAUCCCCCCCCCCAUCCGAAUCCUUGACCCAUUUUCUCGAAUCAACCAUAUUUUUUCUAAACAUUUCGAAGCUGUCAAAAAUAACGUGGCCACUGGCCUUCACUAUCUCAAUGUCAUUAGUCCUCCCAUUCCCCCCAUCCAAAUCCACGGCCUUCGGGCUUCCAAAUUGAAGGUUGCAAAUGGAUGUGUUUUCAAUUCGACCUGAAGUAUCUGGGAUCAAACGGGUCCCUGUAUGAAACUCUCUCUAUAUCUACCCAUUAUGACAUUUUGCAUGCUCACAAAACCCACUCUCGAUCGAGCUGACACAGUCAUUCGGUAUGAAUCUCGUAGAUAACCGAUUUUUCCCACCUUCUCCAAACGGGAGCCUCUCCAACCAAACCAAACCUUAUGUAGUAGAAUGUGCAAGCGGUGCCAAAUAAACAAGGAUCUCAUAUCGAA